CGCCAAAUCUUCGCUCCUAAGCUUUCUUCUUCUUCCCUCCCCUCCUCUUCUUCUUCCAAAUGAUUCAUCGAUUCUCUCUCUAGAAACCAAAAUGCGGUGCUUCCUUGGCUUCGGUAACUGUUGCUUUGCGCCUUAAAACUGAGAUUAGACAAAAAGAUAAGGCCUAAAACCACAAGGGUUUUCAGGGAACGAGGAGGACCUUGCUUCCCGCGUUUUCCAUGCCCUUUUCACUCUUCUCUCUCAUGCGUGCAAGCUAUCCCCAAACCCAAUAUCUAAAACCCCCCAACCCAACUUUUUUGUUGGGUCACACAAAAGUUUCAAGCUUUCCUCUAAUUUCAGCUCUCAAUUCUCUUUCUUUCCUCUUUGAUUUGCUUUGUUUCCGUUAUUUAAACAGAACCCAUCUUCUAUAUCCAAAGAGUUUCCUUGUUUGUGCCCACCAGCUGUUCGAUAAAAUUCCCAGAUCUGAGUUGAAGCUAUGGGAAGCCAUAUGAGCAAGAAGACUACCACUGAGACAUCGUCGUCUGCUAUAAAUCUGACCACUUUUCAGUACACAACUGAUCAAUUGAGCUCAUAUGAGGCUGCUUGCAAGGUUGAUGCUGACUUGCAGUCGUUUGAUACCAACCUCCAAAACCGAACCAAUCAAGUUAUCACCACUCUUGCAGCAGGAGUUGAAGUUCGAGCUCUGUCGUUCGAUUCCUUGAAAGAAGUGACGGAAUGUUUAUUGGAGAUGAACCAGGAGGUUGUCAAGGUAAUAUUGGAAUGCAAGAAAGACAUUUGGAAGAAUCAGGAAUUGUUCGAGCUGGUCGAGGAGUACUUUGAGAAUAGCUUGCAGACUCUAGACUUUUGUACUGCAUUGGAGAAGUGCCUGAAGCGAGCUCGUGAUAGUCAACUGCUCAUUCUUGUUGCCCUUCAACAAUUCGAGGAGGAAACUGAGGUGGGAGGCAGUCGGUACACAAGGACAAUGGAGGAGUUGAAGAAUUUUAAGACUGCUGGUGACCCUUUUACUGAAGAGUUCUUCCAAAUGUUUCAAACUGUUUACAGGCAGCAAAUACAGAUGCUUGAGAAGUUGCAUCUUCGAAAGAACAAGCUGGAUAAGAAGCUCAAGUACAUCAAUGCUUGGAGGAAGGUCUCCAGUAUCAUAUUUGUUGCUACUUUUGCUGCAGUCUUGAUUUGUUCAGUUGUGGCAGCAGCCAUGGCUGCUCCGCCUGUUGCAGCAGCUCUGGCUGCUGCGACUUCUAUCCCCGUUGGUUCAAUGGGAAAAUGGAUUGACUCUUUGUGGAAGAAUUAUCAAAGUGCUAUGAAGGGUCAGAAGGAAGUAAUUAGCUCAAUGCAAGUGGGUACUUAUGUUGCCAUCAAGGACUUGGACAGCAUUCGAGUUCUGAUUGACCGAUUGGAAAUUGAAAUUCAGUCGCUCAUGGAUAAUGCAAGCUUUGCUAUUGAGCAAGAAGCAGUUAGGAUUGCAAUAGAGGAGAUUAAGAAGAAGUUGGGAGUAUUUAUGAAGAAUGUUGAGGAAUUGGGAUCUCAAGCUGAUAUGUGCAGCCGAGACAUUCGAAGAGCAAGGACUGUGGUUCUGCAGAGGAUUAUCAAGCAUACCAACAACUGAAAACUUGACCCAUCCUUGAUGUUCAACCAGGUGCUGUUUUGAUGUUGGAAGAUUCUAAAGUUAUGUGACUUUCUGUUUUUUUCAUCACAUUUGUUUAUUUUUAGUUUGUACCUUGAAUCCAGUCAAUUGGAUGGAUUUAUGUAUAAAAAUAAUCCAAGACUCAUAUACUUUCAGCCUUUCUCAAAUGUUAGGAAGCAACUGACAAAUGAUUAGUCUUCAAUCUAAUUAUUGGUUACUAGA